AUGCCUCCAAUCAGCGCGAGCAACUCAAAUAACGCCAACUACGACUGCGUCGUCCUCUACCCUGCCGACAGCACCUUCGACGAAGAGGAGAACGUCAACACCAAGGGCCGGGAGUGGAAGAUCAGCGACGUAUUGCAGUCGAGCCAGCAGCACGAGCACGUGGGUAGCACGGUCAUCGAGGCCAAUGUCAUCCCGAGACUUGCCUACCUGCAGGUCGGGGCGGACAGUGACACGGGUGGGUUGAAGCUGCGCCACAGCUACGUUUUCAAGGAACCGAAGGCGAGCGAUACACAUGAGCUCUUUGACACCCUCGGCAUGACUGAUGAGGCCGGGUGCCAAUUCCUUCCGGGCCGCGACUGCGUCAUCAUCAGGAACGAACUCCUCGGCUACGUCGUAGUGCUGCCCAUCGCAAUGGUUCAGUUCUUCUCUGUCAAGCUGGCCUGGGAGCCUAAGCAGGGUGGAAAGUACCCCAUCCACCCAAAUGUGAGGAUUGAGAAGGGUGGUGAGAUCUCAAAUUUUGAGUUCGGCGGCUCUGAUAUUGUGCUGGUCUUCCGGGAGGAUGCGGAAAUCCAGAUUCUAGAAGCUCAAAGCAUUGAUGCCACUAGCAAAAUCACGAGCAAGCAGAAGUAA